AUGGCAUCAUCUCAUUCAUCUUCCACCUCGGUCGCGGCUCGGGGACCAGAAUCCGUUGAACCUAAAGUGAUGCCUCAACUGGACACACUGAUUUCCCACCUUUUAGCGGCGAAACGGUCUCUUUCCUCCAUCAGCCACGUUUGGCGUGCCAACGAAAUUGUCACUGCAGCUCGGUCCGCCCUGGAAGACAGCGUGGUCGUGUCUUCUCGCACAGGAUUUCUCCGGCGGGGUCUUGACAAUCAACUUCGGUUACUGUUUAAUGUCCGGUCGGAGGUGGAGAAAAUCUCAUAUCGUGGACGGGAGGAGUUCUCAGAGGCGCUGACCAGCCUGGAUGCUGCUGAUGCUCGGCUUCGAAGCACUCUAGAUCUCCUCCGGGAGACAGUUGUGCAUGCCUCGUUUCGCCCCAAGGAGGAACAAACAAAAACCCUCCAUGAUUUUGUAGACGAGCGAGGCGUUGAGAAACUUCAUGCUGCCCUUAAGAGUUCCAUCGACCGCGCUAAUACUGCGCGGGCCGAUUUGGACACCUCGAACCGUGAAUUCGAUGAUGAACUCCAUGCCAUCCGAAAAGCGCUUCGUCAUUAUCAAUCUACGGCUAAAAUGGCCUCGUCGCGUAUAUCAGCUUCAUCAUCUUCUUCUUCCACAUCGGAACCGGAUCUACUUGCACUAUCCUCCAUGCCGAGCAUGCUCCGAUCUUUGGAGAUGCACGCACAAGAAAUGGCAGGUCUCCUAUCAUCCCUCGUACGCCAUUUCGACCUUUGUGUGACGGCAGUCAAGCAAACCGAGGGUGGCGGUGCUGCUGCACGCUCCAUCACUGGUGACAUGCCUGCUGAAGUCGGUACCAGUAGUGAAGGGCUACCAAAUAUUGGCGAAGAAAUCAACGCAAAUAUCGAUGCCCCGUUAGAACCCAUGACAGACCAGGAGUACGAAGAAAUGGUGCAUGUCUUGCUGAAAGAUGCGCCCGAGGCAGACGACGUGGUGAUAGAAAUCCAAGACCGAAUCACUGAAAUGGAAUCUAUCUUCGAACAAAUCGGAGUGCAGCACGAUGCACUUCUUUCCAUCUCGGAUGCCACCUUCGAGGUUCACAGUCACCUUUCUAAUCUUGCCUCCACUCGCUUGCCACGUUACAUCUCCCAAGCCCACAAUUUCACCCAUGUGUGGAGCGAAGAGAAUGAGCGCUUCAACACCGGCUUGACAGAGCUUUCAGAUUUGCACUCUUUGUACGAUGGAUUCCUGAACGCAUACGACAACCUCAUUCUAGAAGUGGCUCGCCGAAAUCAUGUUCGUCACCGUGUAGAGAAGGUCCUCCGUGACACGAGGCAUAAGUUGAAUACUUUGUACGAUGAGGAUGUCGCUGCUCGGGAGACAUUUCGCGUGGAGCAAGGUGACUUUCUACCGUCCGACAUCUGGCCUGGAGUCGGGCGAGCGCCGAUGCAUGUUGAAUUUUUGCGUCUGUCAGGGGGUCAUCUAGAAGGAGCCUUACCCGAUGCGGAGAGACAGAUACCAGCACAGGCGGAUGCAAAGAUCGGUCUUGCUGGUAACGAGGAGGAGGAAAUUGUCCCAGAUCUUCCAAAGGAGGUGGUUGAGCACGCAUAUGCGCGUCUACAGGCUCGAAAUAGGGACUUCGUCUAG